UUUGGGUCGUGGGUUUGUAAGAAGAAGAAGAUGGAAGAUUACGAGACUGAAGAAAAGAAACAAGCUGCUGCUGAUGUUCUGUUCAACUAUUCUAAAUUUGUACUGGCAUGUAUAGGGAAUAAGGUUCGACCAUGUGACAUGCGGUAUCAUCUAAUGAAGGAGGUUUCUGGACAUCCAACAUCAUUGAAAAGGGGGGAACCGCAGGUUGCUAUUUCAUCUGAUGUAAUGGGAUCAUCCAGUUCUAGCACUGCCAAACUCGACAAAUCAGAUAGUUUUCAAGCCUCAUGAUCAUCAUCAUCACUUUUAUAAACUUCGUUUUUGACAAUCUUUAUAUUUGAAUCUUGAUUUUAUUAUAUAAAUGUUUAUUAUGUAUGUCAUCAACUAAACUCUGUUAUGUGUGA